AUGCCGCCCAUCGACCUCAAGCCGCUCUCCGAGCUGGGCCACAGCGAGCGGCAUGUGCUUCUCCAGCGGCGCGAGCGUCACCAGGAGAUCCUCGGCUUUGGCGGUGCCUUUACCGAGGCGGCUGCGCUGAACUGGCAGAGCCUCUCGCCCUCCGACCAGCGGCGUGUCAUCCGGCUCUACUUUGCAUCGCCCGAAGACGGCGGGCUCGGCUACACCGUCGGCCGGGUGCCGAUCGGGUCUUGCGACUUUGGGCCGGGCGGCGUGAACCGCACCUACUCAUUCGCAGAGGAGGCGGGCGACACGCACCUGCAUCACUUUGACGACUCGAUGCAGCACGACGUCGACAACGGCAUCAUCCCGAUGAUCCACGCGGCGAUGGCGGAGCUCGAGCGCUGGACGGCCGACAGCCUCUCCCUGGUGGCGUCGCCCUGGUCGCCGCCAGCGUGGAUGAAGCUGCCGGUCGGCGGCGUGCAGUCGAUGAUUCGGACGGCGCAGCCAAACGGCCUCGACCCGGCGAAGCAGCGGCCGUACGCGCACUACUUCUCGCGCUUCCUCUCUGGGUACGCGGCGCGCGGCAUCGACGUCUGGGGCGUGACGAUCCAGAACGAGGCCGAGGCGGCGGACGUCGGCUGGGAGAAGUGUGUCUACACGGCCGACUACAUGGCCUCCUUCGUCAAGGAGCACCUCGGCCCCGUGCUGCGCGAGGAGCACCCGCGCGUCAAGAUCAUCGGCUUCGACCACAACAAGGACCACGUUCUCACCUACGCGCGCGGCCUCUACGCGGACCCGGCGGCCGCCCACUACUUCGACGGGAUCGGCAUGCACUGGUACGGAGGGCUCAACACAGACAACCUCGACGGGACGCACGCGCUCGCGCCGGACAAGUUCCUGCUCGCCACCGAGGCGUGCAACUGCCCCGGAGUCAUCUACGAGGCGGAGGCGGCCGCCGAGUGGUGGCAGCGGGCCGAGCACCUCGGGAUGGACAUCCUGCAGGACCUGCUCCACUGGUCGGUCGGCUGGAUCGACUGGAACCUGAUCCUCGACACCACCGGCGGCCCGAACCACCUCGGCAACCGAUGCGACGCCAACCUCAUCGCCGAC